AUGGCCUCCGCCGCCCGCGCCUGCAUGUCCGCCGCCCACCGGGUCACGCGCUCCUCCAUCGUCACUCGGGAAGUGACAGGGCAACACAACCUCACCAUCAGCGGCUACGCGGCGACAAGGAAAGUGCCGGCAGACUGGACCGCGACGUCGCCGGCGUUCGACGCGGCGGGCUAUACCUGGCGGAUCAAGUACGACCCCAACGGCAACAGCUGGAACGACCCCAUCUCCAUGUCCCUCUUCCUCGAGCUCGCCGACGCCGACGAUGCCGGCGACGGCCGCCAGCAAGAAACCGAGCCCGUCCAGUUCGGGUUCUCCCUGCUCGACCAGGCCGGGAACCCGGUUCCCGAGUACACCCGCUGGUUCUGGGAGGUGGGCUACUUCAACGGCGCGUCGAGGAGCAAGGGCUUCCAGCGGUUCAUCAGCUGGAGAGACCUGGAGGAGUCCGGCUGCGUCAAGGACGACAGCUUCACCGUCCGGUGCGACAUCGCCGUCGUCAAGAAGUUCGCUACCGAAGCUGAGGGCGCCGCCGCCGUGGCGCCGCGCGUCGCCGUGCCGCCGUCGGACCUGCACGAGGACCUCGGCGACUUGCUGUGGAAGAAGAAGCAGGGCAUGGACGUCGUGAUCGACGUCGGCGGGGAGACGUUCGAGGCGCACGGGUGGCUGCUGGCGGCGCGGUCGCCGGUCUUCGAGGCCGAGCUGCUCGCCGCGCCCAAGGAGAAGGCGUCCGGCGGGGUCGUCCGUCGCCGCGUGGAGGUCGGCGGCAUGGAGCCCAAGGUGUUCAAGGCGCUGCUCCACUUCAUGUACACCGACGCGCUGCCGCCGUCCAAGACGGAGGAGGAGGAGCAGGAGCAGGGCGGCGUGGAUGUGGCAAUGGCGCAGGGGUUGCUCGCGGCGGCGCACCGGUACAAGCUCGAGAGGCUCAAGCUUAUCUGCGAGGAGAUGCUGUGCCAGAGCAUUGACCUGGACACGGUGGCCGGAAUCUUGGCGGUGGCGGAGCAGCUCGGCUGCGGUGCUCUCAAGGCAGCUUGCGUGGAAUUCCUUUCGCUUCCGGGGAACCUCAAGGCCGCCAUGGAGACCCAAGGGUACGAGAAGAUUAAAGCCAACUGCCCAAUUAUGAUUGAGCUCAUCCUGAAGCAAUUAUUGGUCUAG